AUGACGGCCGCGGUGGCUUUCCUGCUCCUGAGCCUUCUGAGGAUGGCAGCUGCCAAGGGAGUGUGGUGCCCAGCCUGUGGGCUGGCGGCCCUGGCCCCUGCCACGCAGCGGGACAUCCUCAUCGCGCUGGCGAAGCAGAGCAUCCUCUCCAAGCUCCGCUUGCCGGACAGGCCCAACAUCACCCAGCCCACGUCCCGGGGGGCCCUGCUGACCGCUCUCCGCAGGAUGCGGGUGCAGCGCACCGACGCGCCCGUCGCCCCAGGGGUGCUCCAUGCCAGCAGCGUCCCUUACCCACACCCCGUGCCGGGCGUGCAGCACUACGAGAUCCUGAGCUUUGCCGAGUCAGGGUCAUCUACUUCCCGCAGAACCCUCCUGCAUUUCCACUUCGCCCCGGAGCUGGGUGGGAGCACCGAGAUCCUGCAAGCCAACCUCUACCUGUUUUGGGCAUCCCCUGGCCCUGGGACACACCAGGUCACGGUGAAGCUUUUGCAGCCAGACCUGACGGGGCUGAACAUGACCAUGGUCAGCAAGAUGUGGCUGGAGGUGCAGAGGGCUGGCUGGGCCACGCUGGAUGUGGGCCGAGCUGUCCAGAGCCUCUUCAGCCAAGGGAGCCAGAGGCUGACUGUGGAGCUGGAAAUGGUUGAGGACUCUGGGCCUCCCCUUCUGGCUGGCCACAGCGAUUCUCACUGGCCGUUUGUGGCAGCCCAGGCCCGGGACAGGACGCCCCAUCGGGUCCAGCGGCGUGGCAUUGACUGCAGCGGGGACUCGCGGAUGUGCUGCCGCAAGGAAUUCUUCGUGGACUUCAAGGAGAUCGGCUGGGAGGACUGGAUCAUCCAGCCAGAGGGAUAUCACAUGAACUACUGCGCAGGGCUCUGCCCCUUGCACAUGGCUGGGAUCCCUGGCCUCGCUGCCUCCUUCCACACAGCCGUCCUCAACCUCAUCAAAGCCAACAACGCAGACGCAGCCGUGGACUCCUGCUGCGUGCCCACGCAGCGUCGCCCCCUCUCUCUGCUCUACUAUGACCGGGACAGCAACAUCGUCAAGACCGACAUCCCCGAUAUGAUCGUUGAUGCCUGCGGCUGUACCUAA